GUCUGGGAACUCGCAUGCGGCGCCGGCGGCGGCCGAGGGAGCGCGAGUGCACGGCGCAGGGCGCUAGGAGGCAUUGUCGCCGCACAGGCCCCUUUGUGAACAGCAGACCAGCCGGGGAGCUGGCAGAAGGACACCUGAGUCUGCAUGCUGAAGAAGAUGGGUGAGGCUGUGGCCAGAGUCGCGAGGAAGGUCAACGAGACAGUGGAGAGUGGCUCCGACACACUGGAUCUGGCAGAGUGCAAGCUGGUGUCCUUCCCCAUUGGCAUCUACAAGGUCCUGCGGAAUGUCUCAGACCAGAUCCACCUCAUCACACUGGCGAACAAUGAGCUCAAGUCCCUCACCAGCAAGUUCAUGACGACGUUCAGUCAGCUCCGAGAGCUCCGCCUCGAAGGGAACUUCCUACAUCGCCUCCCCAAUGAAAUCAGCAGCCUACAGCACCUCAAGGCCAUCGACCUGUCCCGAAACCAGUUCCGAGAUUUCCCAGAGCAGCUCACCACCCUCCCAAUGCUGGAGACUAUCAACCUGGAGGAGAAUGAGAUUGCAGCAGAUGUGCCUGUGGAGAAGCUGGCUGCCAUGCCAGCCCUGCGCACCAUCAACCUCCGCUUCAACCCGCUGAGCGCCGAGGUGCGCGUCAUCGCUCCGCCCCUCAUCAAGUUUGACAUGCUCAUGUCUCCUGAGGGUGCACGAGCCCCUCCACCUUAGGCCACCCUCUGUGCCCACCCAGCGAGGGCCAGAGGCCAUUGGCCCGGCAUCCUGGAGGAGGGUGGCCCACAGGCCCACAGGAGUCUGCGCUUCGGGGAAUGGGGGUGGGCCGGACAUGCGUGGCGGGAGGGUGCCGCCGCCGGCUGGGCAGCUAGCUUAGAGCUGUAGUGGGCCCUGGACCACCCCAAGGGCAGUGGCGUGGCAGUGCUGGCACUUUACAGACUCUCUAAGCCUUGUUACUUGGGAGCAGAGGUGGCAGCCCAGAGCCUUUCCUCCUUGAGUUCCUUAGAUUGUUCGGCACUUGGAGCCCAAGGAAGAGCACCGCUGAGCAUUUCUGGCCCUCUGGGUUCAGGCUGUUUCUAGUGCCGAGAGCCACUUACUGCCCCGAGGGGAGAAGAGGACAAUCCCCGUGUAUUUAUUUCUUCCUGACAUCUGAACGGAAUGAGCUCCUCUCAGGCCCCUCCAGCACUGUGGAUCCCUGGAUUGACAAAGGCCUGGACCAGGAGUCCUGGGCAUGCGUGGAGAGGGCAGCCCGGCAAGCAGGGCGAGAAUGUCUGAGGGAGCCAGGACCCAGUGAGGAAACAGGCCUACUCCAUCUGUCCUCAUGGCAAAGGGGACUGUUGGGACUGGAGUGCUCAACCCUCCCCAGGGUGUGGCCUCUGUGGCCUGCUUAGCAACCCUGGAGCCCCAGGAAGGUAGCUCAGAGAGAACAAAGCCAUGUGUGCCUGUGGCAGUGGUCUCCAAGUCACUGCAGCCUCAUCAUGGCCCCUUGAUGACAAGACACUGGACCAUCGGCUUUGUAACCAGCCAGUUCCAAGGCCACACCUAACGUCCUAUUUCAAGGCCCUCACCCUGAGUCUAGGGUGUGGCCAGCCAGGAGGUGACCAGCCAUCCUGUUUUGCCAGAGACUGGGGGGUUCUCAGGAUGUAUGACUUUUAGUGAGAAAACUGGAACAGUCCGGGGUGGCUGACCCCCUCCAGAAGAGUCCUGGGACUUUUGCCUCCUGGUAAAACCUGUGCUCUGGGUCCCUAGUGUCUACCUCCCACACCUCUCCUGUGGAGUAUGCAACUCAGUGCCCCAGGCCCCACCUGGCCUGUACUCUGGGUCUGGAGAGGCCUCAGACCUCAGCACUUAGGCAGAGCUCGGCCACUUCACUCCUAAGUUUAGGCUGUCCAGGGCUCAGAUCAAGAGCCCCAUGUCAGAACCACCCCCAAUGCAUGUGUCCCUUUCCCUCCUAGGUCUCCUCUCUUGGCAAGGGGCCAACAGGCUGGGCACUGAUUAGCUGUUGUCACUCAGUAUUCUGUGUCCCAAGUGAGACCUUGUUGCCUCCAAGCUCUGGAGGAAGGGUUUCCAGGGUGAGACGGUCAGGCAGGAUCUCCAGCGAUAUGAGAUUCAGCCACCCUGGACACAGGCAAUGGGAGGCUCCAGUGCAGUCCUGGCUGGGCCAGCCCCACCCCCUCUGUACCUGGAGCGGGGUUUUCUUGAGGAAGAGUCCUUGUCUUUGGGAUACAUGAAACUGUCGUGUGGCUGCCACCUGGCAGAGGAAAGCAUGGGCAGUGGACACACAACUGCAGUGUCAGCCAGAGCCUGUUAGAGACGAAGCCUCUCAACCUCUUUGCAGCCCGAGUCGGGACCUGCAUUUUAGCAAGGUCCCCAGCAGAUCUCAAGUGCUUUCUACUCCGAAUCAGGAGCCUAGGGGUGACCUGGGACGUCCUUGAAGUGGAAGUGAAGGCUCUUAGUUUCCCCUGCCCCCUCCAGGCACCUGAGUCUGCUCAGCCUCCUCCUAACUGGGGCCUGGAGACCUUGCCUCUUAGGUCUUUGUAGAAUCUGUGUGACACUUCCCAUGAAGGGGUGGCCACAGUCACUAGGAUAUGGCAUGGGGCUGGGCAUGCGAGGCCCUCCGAACCUGCCUUUCUACUUCACACAAGCUGCCUGCUGCCUGGGUCCUCACCCCAGGUCCUCUGAAGGAGUUGCUGCUGGAAGUUUUCUCCCCUGCUGGGGUAGAUUGCCCUUGCCUCUUGGGGAAAGCCUGGGCAGGCAGAGAUACCCCCAAAUCCAGGGCCCCAGAGUGAAUAAGCCCCCUAGCUUCAGCCUGCAAUAAAGAAUGUGUUG